AUGGAGCCCGAGUCUCUCACCAAGAGGCACAAGUUGGGGGUGGUGUCCGGUGUUUACAUCCCGGUCUGCCUCAACAUUCUCAGCAUUCUUAUGUUCUUGAGAUUCGGCUUGAUCCUGGGGCAAGUUGGGUUACUUGGCAUACUAGGCCUCAUGCUCAUCGCCUACACCGUUGACUUUGUUACAACGCUCUCCCUCUCAGCCAUUGCUUCUAACGGAGAAGUUAAAGGAGGUGGUGCCUACUACUUAAUUUCGAGGUCUCUAGGACCUGAGUUUGGAGGCUCCAUUGGCGUCUUGUUCUACCUCGCCCAGGUGCUAAACACGGCCCUUAAUGUCGUGGGUCUUAUCGACUGCAUCAAGCUGAACCUCGGCGAGACCAUGCCUGAUGGGUAUUGGUGGGACUAUUUCUUCGGCACGAUGGCGCUGGUGGUCUGCACCGGACUCUGUCUUGCUGGCAGCGCCAUCUUCUCCAAAGCCAGCAACGCUCUGCUGAUUGUCUUGACUAUUUCCACCCUCAGCAUACCUCUCUCCGCACUCGUGAAGCCGGCAUUUAGUGAUCCAGACAGGGGGAUCGAGUUUACAGGAGCCAGCCUAGCCACUCUGAGAUCCAACCUCCUUCCUCACUCCGGCAGCACAGAAUUCAAGGGGUUCGAGACUUUCCGAGACCUGUUUGGCAUCCUGUUCCCCGCAACUUCUGGCAUAUUCGCUGGUGCGUCUAUGUCAGGGGACCUGCGAAACCCCAGUAAGGCGAUUCCGGCUGGCACACUUUGGGCCAUGCUCUCGACAUUCAUUGUCUACUUGCUCGUCAUCCUCGCGUUGGCUUCGAGUACAACCCAUGCUUCGUUUCUCCUCAACGCCAACAUCAUCCAAGAUACAAAUAUCUGGCCCCCGAUUGUCUUCGCCGGAGAACUGGCGACCACUUUCUUCUCUGCCUUGAUGGGCGUCAUUGGGUCUGCGAAGCUCAUGCAGGCUCUUGCGAGAGACAAACUGUUCCCAGGCCUGUCGGUUUUCGGAAAGGGUACGAAGAAGGCAGAUGAACCCAUCAUCGCCAUUUUCCUCACCUAUGUGGCCGCGCAAAUGGCAAUGUUUGCCAACUUGAAUCAGAUUGCGACGCUUAUUUCCAUGGGAUAUCAGAUGACCUUCUUCGUUAUGAACCUUGCGUGUUUCCUCCUUAAGAUUGGAUCCGCCCCCAACUUCCGUCCAGGCUUCAAGUUUUUUAGCUGGCAAACAGCGUUCGUCGGUAGCCUCCUCUCAGCCGCUGCCAUGUUCUUCAUUGACGAAACAUACGCCACCACUGCCGUCUGCCUUUUGGUCUUCCUUUUCCUCCUCAUCCACUACCUGAGCCCGCCCAAGCACUGGGGCGAUGUUUCUCAGAACCUAAUCUACCACCAAGUGAGGAAGUAUCUUCUGCGCCUAAAGCCGGAGCACAUCAAAUUCUGGAGACCACAGAUUAUCCUUCUCAUCAACAACCCCAGGAGACAAACUCGGCUGAUCCAGUUCUGCAACUCUCUGAAGAAAGGGGCGCUCUACAUUCUGGGGCACGUCAUCGUCACUGAUGACUUCGCAGCAGGCGUCACGGAGGCAAAACUACAACAAUCCGCGUGGACCAAAUACAUUUCCGAGUACUCGAGGAUUAAAGCGUUUGUACAGCUGACCAUGUCUCCUACCAUAACAUGGGGCGUAAGAAAUCUGGUCCUCUCAGCCGGCUUGGGAGGCAUGCGGCCAAACAUUGCCAUUAUGGGCUUCUACAACAUGGAUGAUUUGCGCCGCGCCCAGCCCGCUUCUCAAAUUCCCGAAGCACCAGUUUCACCUGUCCCGCCGCAACAAGGCGAUUCUCAAGCGGGUCCCAAAAUACGAAGAAGACGCAGGGGAGACACUUCCUCGCGGAUUCUGGAGGGUAUAUUGCCCACCGAUUCCAUCAAAAAUGAAGAUAUGAUGUCGGUAACGAGCUAUCUCACUAUCCUUGAGGACCUGGCGCUGCGGUAUCGCUUGAAUGUCGCCAUCGGCAAGGGCUUCGAAACCUUGGAAACGCCUCGGAAAGACGGGAGCAACACGAAGAAGUACAUCGACCUCUGGCCGAUUCAAAUGUCAGCAGCAAUCACGGCGGAUGGGAAGAACGUUCUCACCACAAACUUUGAUACAUCGUGGAAGAAAGCCUACAACAUGCGAGUCAUCGUAUUUGUCGAGUACGAGAGCGAGGUUGAGGAAGAGCGGGGCCGAGUCAAGGCACUGCUGGAUAAGUUGAGGAUUGAUGCUGAGGUGCUGGUGUUUUACCUUGCCUCAGGCAGCCUCUCGACCUACGAAACCGUGAUCCACGGCCACUUCACGAACCCGGAAACAGAGAACCUUGUCAACGAAUGCUUGAAGAAGGAGGAGUGGUGGGAGGAUCUGCAAACCUACAGGGGCAGCCGCUCCAUGACCGAGGCGCAGGAAUUCGCAUCAAUAGCCCAGGUCAUGGGGUCUACUUCAGGCAGACCAGGGCUAUACAACCCUCACAGUGGUCCCUCCGACGGCAUCAAUCGGAGGCGGCAUAGUCUGGCACAACUCCCUGAGCUGCCUAAAAAGCCGUCGAUGUCACAGCUGAACAAAUGGGGCGUGAACAUGGGGAUUCAUACUCAAAAUCUACCCUUUAGCGUCUUUGACAGUUCGGACUCGGAUCUCGUCCCUGACAGCGAUUCGGACAGUGACUCAUCGGAAACGGAUGCGCAGUUCGCUGAUGUGGAAAGCGCCUCCGGGGAAGACGCUUCCCGUCGACCGCUAUUGACCACUGUUCGCCGGAGAAGGAGCUUCACCGAUGUAUUUGCUCGUGCAAAGAGCCCCCGGAGGGAGAAGAGAUUGAAGGGGUCGCAGUCGCCAAUGCAAGGCUCUUAUGGAACCAUGCCGGACACAGUACUAGAGCCAUCAAGGCACAACAGAAAGGGGUCGGCGUCGUCGCAAACCCCCCGAGGCAUUCUCAAACCAGAACGGCCAACACUCUCAAGGCACGGUUCUUCAGCCCCGAGGUUUUCAAGCAACCUGGUCCCCCAGACUACGAUUACGAACGAGGAUGGCACAGGGCCGCGGAUUAUGUUUGCCGAAACGGAAGCUCGCACCGAGCGGCCUGCCUUGUCUCGCCAAUCAUCGUACGGACGGGGCACUGGCGCAGAAACCGGUUCCGGUACGACGACUCCAGUGGAUAAGCGGGUUUCGUUCGCAGAGCUAGCACCAGGUGCCAAGUCGCCAGCAAUAUCUCGGAGAAGUUCGAUUUCGAAAGGGUCCGACAGCGGCGGCGAUACCUCGCUCAACAUCCCUGGGCUCCUGGCCUCGUAUCAGCUCUCCGAGGAUGACAGCAAAAACGGGUCAAGCUAUUCAACGCAGGGGCUGUCGCUCUCUUUCAAUGAUCUCCCUAGCCGGGCUCAGCAUCUCAUUUUGAACGAGCUCAUGCGCCAACACAGCAGCGACACGGCUGUGAUGCUGACCACGCUGCCCAUUCCACAGGAGAACACCUGCCAGAGCGAGGAGGCCAGCCUGGCGUAUCUGUCCGACGUCGAGGUCCUCUGUAACGGGCUACCUCCUGUCCUCCUGGUGUUGAGUAACCACAUGACUGUGACGCCAACAAGCACAACCCGCCGGACCCCUAGCCUUUCGCAAAGGCUCCGCGAGCUGGGCCGGCUCAAGAGCAAGACUGACGAGAAAGCAGAAAGAGAAUUUGAGGUUAUCCACACCCCCGACCGGCCGACACGGCUCAUCACCCCCAUUGAGGCGCCCACUGAAGUCGAAUGUGGUAACGCAAUUACAAGGUGGCAGCACGCAUCGGCCAAGGAGCGACUCAUACCUCCCUCAAGAGGCCAGUACUGGGAAGCGUAUAUGGAUGACUCGGCCAUUGCCACAGACAGUGAUGACGAUGAGGAUGCGCUCGACCGGCUCUAUGGUGGGAAGUUUGUGUACGGUCAGGGGGUGGGACGAGGGGGUUGUAGCCAGCAACCGGGGCUACAACACACCCACCCCCCAGAGCCGGCGCCGCCGAGACGGGACGGGCCUUUGCGAAAGGAACCCGGCACGGACCAAAGCUAUGUGCCAUCGUUUUUCCAUGGUAUUGUGACGGCCUCGCCUGCCCCGGCCCCCUUGUUCUCCGACUCGGUCUGGUCGCCGUCGCGAACAAGCCAACCCCGGAGCCCAAACGCCAUCAGGGGUAACCCAGUUUCUGCACCGCGAUACACCGGAGGUGAGUGCGUCCAGGAGGACGAGAAAUUGACGGUUGACAUGGAGCAAUUAGUUCGCAUGGAAAUAUACCGGCGCGGUCGCUGCCCCUAUUGCCGCAACUUCUUUCCUGGGGGCUCUUUACCCCUGACUUGUCCCUAUCUAGAUUGCCAAAAGGAUUUCAGCCUGUACCUGGAGUAUACAAACCGAAGAGAGGCACCAAAAGCACCACCGAGGCUUGCACAGAGGGCAUUAGUGGACACUAGUGCCCAGGAGAAGGAGGAUAUCGAGAGGGUGGGUCAGGGAUGUCGCCCAAUUGUGCCCAACUUCCGAGCCGAGACAGGCACCCCUCCAAAAGAUCCAAAAGAUCCAAAAGAUCCAAAAGAGCAACGAAGACUGCUGAGGCACCACACGCCCCAACGACCAUCACCACUGUCACAGAAUAGGCGAAAUUCUUCUACUUUCCUAGUCGAGGUUUCAGCCCUCACGGAACAUGAAAAAGAACCACUGAGACACCACGGUUCCCGAGAAACUCACACGCCAACGCAACAGAGACGUCAAUCUUCUACUUUCCGAGUUGAGGUUUCCACUCCCAUGGAGGAAUUACAAGAGCCGCCGAGGCAUUACAUGCCCCAGCGGCCUCCCCCGCCGCUAGAGCGGAGCCAAAAUCCGGCUUUCCCAAUUGGCAUUCUCAGUCCCCAGGGGCAGCAACAAGAGCCAUUGAGGCACUACGCUCCCAGAACAUCUCCCCAGUCGUUGCAGCAGAGACAAAGAGACCCCUCGCCCUCCAACACCAUCCGGACCAUCUGGCCCUCCCAUAUGGGUAUCUAUGACGAAGCACAACCUAGCCGCCAGGCUACCUCUAGACCUGAUGGACCUGAACGCCUGGAAAAGCCCCUUCCCCCACCCCCGGCUCGUUCAGAAAGGAGGCCACCCCCUACUUCCUUCCGAACACAACCACGGCGUAUCACCACGCCGCGCCCUCAAUCCAUUACGGCCCGUCCCGGAUUGGCCCGCCCCGGAUUGGCCCGCCCCGGACCCCCCUCGGCUCGCCCCGAAUCUGUCUCAACCCGGCGCGAAUCCAUCUCAGCCGAAUCCAUCUUGAGCCGGCCUGGAUCCAUCACAUCACCCCCCGAACCUAUUUCACCACGCCCGGACCCUAUCUCAGCACGCCCUGAGCCCAUCUCAGCACGCCCCAGGUCUAUCUCGACUCGGCGUCAAUCCACUUCACGGCCCGAAUCUUUCGCAGCGCAGAGUCAAUCCAACUCGGCCGAAUCUAUCUCAACACGCCCUGGGUCCAUCUCAGCACUCCCUGAACCUACCCCGGCCGAACCCGUCUCAAAUCGGGCCAGAUCCACCUCAAGGCGUCCCGAACCUAUCUCGGCCCGGCGCCGAUCCUUUUCGACUCACCCCGAAUCCGUCUCCACCCGGCGCCAGUCCGCCUCACGGCCAGGAUCCGUCUCAGCCGAAUCCGUCUCGAACCGGCCCAAAUCCGUCACGGCACGCCCUUGGUCCGCCUCGUCCCAGUCCAUCCCAAGCCGCCCUGGAUCCGGGUCAGCGCGCCCCGCGUCCAUCACGACCCGCCACCAGCAGCUUUACAGCCCCCAGUCGCAGUCGCAGUCGCAGUCGCAGCAACCCAAGACCUCGUAUCUGCGCACCCGCCGCAACUCUUCUGUGCCUCCCGUCCAACCACUCACUUCCCCAGUCACCUCAGGCAACGUCAGCGGCAAACCGAGUCCAUCUCCAACCCCGCCCGUGUCAGUGCUGCGGUACAGGAGCAGGGAAAGAGGCCGGGCCACCGACCCGGUCGGGAGUAGAGGGACGGACUGGGGUGGAAGAACAGAUAGGGGAAGGAGCAGGGACACGGACCGGCUCCGCGACCUCGACCGCAGCCAAACCAUGAACACCAGCCGAGCCGGCUACUUCGACCGCGACGGCGGCGCCCUGCUCAGCGACCGAGACGGAGGAGGCGCCCUACUCAGCGACCGCGACGGCGGCGCCCCGCUCAUCGCCAAACACCGAGAAGACCCAGGCCCAGAACCAGAACCAGAACCACCCCGAGGCCGCUCCACCGACCCGACCCUCACCAGCCGCGAACGCCUCGACGCCCGUCUGCACGAGAAGAUGGAGGCUCAGCUGGCCGCCAGCAAGAACAGCAAGCGGCGGCGGCGGCGGUCGACCCACGGCGACCGGCUGGACGACGCCGACAUUCUCGCGUGGAAGGGCCCUGCCGGCAGGGCGAGGUAUCAAAGGGAGACGAUUAAGGCGGGCGGGGAUGAUGCGGAGCUGUUUAUGGAUAUUAUCGGGCAGUAUGAUGAUGAUGAGGUUUUGGAUUUGCUGUUUAUGUGA